CCCCCCCCUUGUCUCUGCAGGAUGACUGCCUGUUUUAACUCAUCUGAUCCAGUUGCGGUGAACGCCGGAUUACUGUACGAUGACAACGCUGAAGAUGGAGACCUCUGGAGUAGAGGAGGUCAAAGCGGCCCCCUCCCCCUCUGCUCCGCCUCCUCCGCCCCUCCUGACUCCCGCUGCCUGGUCUGUCGAGACCGGAUCGUGUUCGCCGUGUGCCGCAAUCUGACCCACGCUGUGGAGAUGAUGAUGGAGGCCGAAGGACACCAGGUCAAGAUCUCAAAGAGCGAAUGUCCCAAACUUCGCUCUGAUGAUGCUCCACAAUGGCAGCUCCCCGUUUACAUCAUCCUCCUCUUCCUCCUCAUCGGGGUGCUUUUAUUCAUCUGUGGUAAAUGCUACAGAAAAUCAAAGAAGCAGAGACGAAAUACUACAAUUUCUCACGGAAACUUGGCACCCCCGAUGGGAUGGAUGAGGGAUUCGGACUCUGUUGAGCAACAGAAGCUGGCUUAUCUAUGGGAAAUCCUUCCUACUGGGAGGAGCUGUGUUCAGCAGAGCCCUGACCUUCCCUCCGUUCCAGAGAGAAAUGGAAAACAACUUACAAGAAAAGACACCACAGAAGGUGAAUCACUCGCUCGGACUGACCAGACACCAUGAAGGAGAUCCUCUGACUAACUUAUAUUUUCUACAUUCAUAACUUUUCUGACAUAAUUGUAGCAGUUAAAAUACUAAUAAAAUUAACCCCCCUGCAUAGAAAUAUUUAUAUAAAAUAUUUAUUCCAGCAUCCUUUGCACUAUGCUGUCACUUUACAGUUGCCCUGCUGUCUCACUGCCUACAAAUGUUGUUUCUGUUUAUAGUGUAGUCUGCGUCUUGCCUAGACUUUCGCUAACACUUGUUUACGCUGUCCUGUGAAUGUAAAUCAAGAGCAAAGUGUCACCCAAACUUACGUAAAUGUCAUUUGUCUCUAUUUUAUCCUGUCGAUAAUAAACGUAGUAAAAAGA